UAAAAAAUCAGAUAUGUGUCAAAAACCAAACUAAAUGGAUGACGUGUACCAAAGGGUCCUUGUGACUUCCGGGUGUGUAUAAACAGCUUGAAGACGGAGUCGCCUCGCCCCGAAAAUGUCUAAAGUAACGUUUAAAAUCACACUGACGUCGGACCCCCGGCUUCCAUACAAAGUAUUAAGUGUUCCUGAAAGCACACCGUUCACGGCAGUUUUGAAGUUUGCCGCUGAGGAGUUCAAAGUGCCAUCAGCAACCAGCGCAAUAAUAACAAAUGAUGGAAUAGGAAUUAACCCUGCUCAGACAGCAGGCAAUGUUUUUCUUAAGCAUGGCUCAGAGCUGCGCAUCAUUCCCAGAGACCGAGUGGGAGGAGACUGAUGCUCCUAGUUGACGACAAAGUGACUCACCCGGCAGGAUCGCAUAACGCUCGAGACCCAGGAAACACCUCGGCGUGUUUUAUCUUCUGGCCCACAACUGAUGGUGACUCACAAGAGAAUAUGUAUAUUUAAACUUGGAAGAUGAAAUGCACACACACAAUUGCAUGCAACCUGCUUCUUUAUUCUCAGUCAUCUAUUUCAGUUUGUGUAAUUGAAUUAAAAAGAUUGGCGUGACAUCCAGAGUUUCCACAGGCACUCUGUCAUUAAUAUAAACAAACGCAGCAGAUGCACCAUGGAAAGGAUUUAGGUAAAAUCAACAACUGAUUCAACUUUUGUACCUUUUGUAAAUGACACCAAAUCAGUACAGCUGACAACACAACAUGACUGCAUUGCAAUAUUUACUGUUGUCUUUAUCGGUCCUGAGGUGAUGGCAAAAUACAUGCUCUUAGGGACCAUCGUGGCUGUUGAUGUGCAGGUAAAUUCAAUCUCUUUAAAUAUUUUUGAUAAACAACAUUAUUGAGGCUAUUCAGUCAGUACUCCUCAAACACAAGAUGAAUAAACUCUCAUCAUGGUUCUGUACUCGACUUGUUUGGUGAAGCAGCUCCUUCCAUAACUCAAGCAACAUUUACUUCUGUCACUCAGUGCUGCCUUGUGGAUCUUUGCUGCCCUCUGUCAGUUUGUACUCCCCCAAUGCUUUGUCUGUGUAUUUCAAGCCAUGUGUUAUGACUCGUCACAGAAUAAAUAUAAAAAGACUAUUGAGUAUUAAAACUAUUUAAUAUGCACUGCUAACUUAAUUAGGCGCUGAGCAGCAGGUGGUGAAUAAACAAGGCCGGCAUCCCAACAGCUAUAAUAUAAAUGUGGAGGCUCCAGAAUGUGUCCCAAUGGCUAUAUAGUUAUUCAUCCCACAUAACCAAAACAUCAGUUAUGAUGUGGAAAUAAAUUCACUGUUUAAUUGCAA